CCCGAUCCGACAUAAAAGCGAUCCCAAAAUCUUCUGCUGGUUUGGAUGUCCAGCAUGCGGCCGCCGCUCGUCUGGAUUCUGUUCGUUUGUUCGACUGAACUGUGUGGUGAUGCGCGGAGUUCGUGCACCAAUGAAAGCAGUCUGGGAAGUUUCUCGGGAGACUUUGAGCUGGCAGGAGUCCGCUCCUUCUUCCAGAACCAGGACGUGAAGACCCGCAUCGUCGGCGGCCAGGAGACUUGGGCACACUCCUGGCCGUGGCAGGUGUCUCUCCGCUUCACCACCAUGCCGGCGUGCGGCGGCGCCGUCAUCGCGCCCUUGUGGGUCAUUUCCGCGGCCCACUGCUUCAAAAGGUACAACAAAGCGUCGUUCUGGACGGUUAUGGCGGGAAAACACGACCUGGAAAACUCCUUCGAGGAAGGCCAGCAGGUGGUGGGCGUGUCCGCAAUUGUCAGCCAUCAUCGCUACAAUGCUCACACUAAAGAGUACGACGUGGCGCUCCUCAAGCUAAAGAGCCCGCUGACGUUCAACCGCUUUGUGCGGCCCAUCCACGUGUGGAUGGCGCCGUUGCCCACCUUGGAGAAGUGCACCAUCACAGGCUGGGGCGCCACACGCGAGAACGGAGCGCGUGUGACCCGGCUGCAGGAGGUCAACGUGACCGUGCUGCCCUCUGAUCUCUGCCAUCGCUUCUACAAGAGUCGGAUCCGAGCCUCCAUGUUCUGUGCGGGAAAGGAAGCGGGAGGCGUCGACUCUUGCCAGGGCGACUCUGGCGGUCCGCUGUCGUGUUUUACCGGGAAUAACUAUAAGUUGGCGGCGGUGGUGAGCUGGGGCAUCGGCUGUGGGCGGGCCCGAAAGCCUGGUGUCUACACCAGAAUCAAAGAACACGCUCUGUGGAUGUCCAACGUCAUCGAUAACCAGGAUGUGGCGUACGCAGACCAUCUGACCGAAGAGAACAGGUGCGGAAAGCAGCAGCAGCCCAGCUGUCAGAACCUUCCAGGUCCAGUCAGGCUCUCUGUGACCGAGGACGGGGAAUUGUCGGUGGAGAACGUAACCGAGUCGUGUUCCGGGUCUUGGCCUUGGAUGGUCAGCCUGCAAGCCAACGGGAUCCAUUACUGCAGCGGCGUCUUGAUCCACCGGCUGUGGGUGCUCGCCGCACAUCACUGCAGAGUCAGAGCGAGAGAAGACGUGGCUGUCCUGGGAGUUCACGACCUCCGCCUAUCUCUGUCCCAAAGCAUCCCGGUGGACAAGGUUUACAACCUUCCUCAGGAGGACAGCUUCCCUCCCAAAGCGGAUCUUUCGCUGCUGCGCCUCGCCGCUCCCGCCAGACUGGGGACCAGUGUGUUCCCGGUUUGUGUCCCGGAUGAGGACGAGGAGUUGGAUGACGACUGGUCAUGUGUUAGCGCCGGCUGGGGGGCGACGAGCGCCACAGCAACCGUCAAUCCAGACCGGCUGCACCAUGCUCGACUGGAUCUGGUCAACCAGACUGCGUGCAGCGAUAAGUGGGGGCGGGGCCUCAUCAGCGACACGCUCCUUUGCACACAUCCCGCCGGCGCAUCCGCCUGCACGGGCGAUUCUGGAGCUCCUUUGUUCUGUCGGAAACACGGCGACUACUUUGUGUUUGGCGUGCUCACAUGGGGCAGUCGACAGUGUGACCCCAACAAGCCGGCCAUCUUUUCCAAAGUGUCCGAUUACUACUUGUGGAUCAGCGAAUUGGCAGAAGACGUGUAAAGAAAUAAAGGAAUUUCUACCAAA